AUGGCCGACUUCCAGAACAUCGCCGAACAGUUCGUUCAGUUCUACUACAAGACCUUCGAUGAGAACCGCUCCGCCCUCGGUGCCCUCUACAAGGAACACUCCAUGCUCACCUUCGAGAACUCCCCUGUUCAAGGUGCCGCUGGUAUCACUGAGAAGCUCGUCGUAUGUUGCGCAAGCCCUAUUCUUGAGCAUACGAAGGGAAAGACUAAGCAAAUAUACAGNGGUCUGCCUUUCGCCAAGGUCCAGCACGAGGUAUCUAGCUUGGACGCCCAGCCCUCCAACGACGCCGGUGGUAUCCUGGUCCUCGUUGCCGGAAGACUGCUUGUCGACGAGGAGCAGAGACCCAUGAGCUACACCCAGUCCUUCCAGCUCCUGCCCGACGGUGCCGGCAGCUACUACGUCUUCAACGACAUCUUCAGACUCGUCUACGCCGCCGCAUAA